GUGCCCCUAUUGGUGUCUGCAUGUAGUACAACGAACGUAUAAAUCAACUCUCACUUGCCCUCCCAGUGCCAGUGCCAGUUUAUUUACUUGUCCAUUUUUUGCGACACAGAUAUAGAAGAUGCAGAAGCAAGUAGAAGAGCACCUAUACCUGGUGGAGACGAAAGUUUAAAGCCGCAGAAAGAUUUGAGACUGAAACGGCUGGUAUGGCUACAAAGGAGGUGAGCCCGUCGGACAGCCUAGAGCUCGGGGCUGCGCUGGAUGCGUUGAUCGCUGGAACGGCCAGACUAAUUACACCAGUUGCGGAAAAUGCAAACGAAAAGGGUGCUUUUAUCAUCAUCUUCUUUCACUAUCUGUGUAGAAAUUUGCGAUGCGGCCUACUGCUUAAAGUUAAACUUCAAUCCAUUUCGAUUUUAGUUCGAAAUGAAUCCUUUUGUUAGUCGUUGCUUUUCAAGAAACUGCAUCUUCAAGUGUUCUUCUUGCUCGAAACAUUCCGGACAAUAAAAUCGUGAUGGAGCGAGCAAUAGCAAAUUCAGUUUUCUUGUUCGGCAAAAGUAUGGAAAAAAAAAAUCAGGUCAUCUUCUCAACGCUCCGACGCUGGCUAGGGUCGCGGAAAAUACGGCACACCAGGACCAUCAGCGCCGCAGCAGCACCGGGGAUGUUGUCGCUCGGGAUUCUGGAAUCCGAUCCGAGCUGCAUGAGCAUGAACUCGAAUACAGUGCGACCCUGCUGAGUAGCUCGUCCCGCGAUUGGUCCUCCUCUCCGCGGUCCGCUGGGAGUCAGUCGCCGUUUCUCGAGAACAGCAAAUCUUCUGCAUCUCGAAACUACUACUCCAAGAACAGCGAGAUCGUAAAAUCCAAUUUGGCACUACUCACCGAAGGUUUAACCAAAGCGGGAGCGCAGUUGCUCCGAGAACAAGCACAAACAAAUCAUGAAAAGCCAGCUCCUGCAGCUUUUGCGAGUGCGGAAACAGCGACCCCUGCGCAAAGCACCAAUUAUCCAGCACAAGAACUCCAGCCUGACAGAAAUCCAGUGGAAACCUGUGCACAACUUGGCGCACGAGUCCGCGGAAAGACGCGGGAAGACACCAGCACGCGAAGUGAUCUCAACAGUCGAAAUCCACCCGAAGCCGGCGAGCACCUCCAGGCUUCUCUAGAUACAACUCAAACUCUUGGAGGUCGUCGGCAUUACGAAAAUCAUAACGACUGCGCGAUAGCUGGAAAAAACCAAGAACUCCUGGAGAUGAACCAAGCCAAACUAGAAGAUGCACGCGCGGACGAGUCAGAUGAAUCUUGUUCUUGCUCACUCUCUAUGGACAAUCGAGCAGAUCUGGACUCUAACUCGGCGAGCAUCCAAGAAGCAAAAAAAGCCUAUGAGAUGGAGCUUGCACGAAUGUACUCGACGUCGUCUCUGUCAAAUAACCCCUUUGUGCAGGCCGAUCGUGUAAAGCGUGGCGGGACAGCUGGAGCUGUUGUACCAGGAAGAGAAGAGCAGUAAAGAAUGCUAUUGCACUUCUUGACCUUUCUUGCUGGUGCAGUAGUUGUGUUGUCGUUUCUGUGACCUCGCACUUGAAAAUUUUUUCCGAUUUUUGAUAAAUCAAAAUCAUAUAUCGAUCGUGUCGGUGUCGAGGAGAAAAUAAAAGUCUUCACUCUUUGUCGUCAUUGAUGUAACAAACGACAGAAGCAGCUUCAUCAUCGGUACCAUCGUGAUGUCAUGACAAAGUCAAACAUAAAUGAUCUUGAUCACUUUCUACAAAACUCCCAAGGUCUGCAUCCGACGCCGCAGCUCUCCUUGCAACUGGCGAGUGCGCAGACGAGAUGUUCACGACAUUGACAGGUGGUCACUCUUCCGAAGAACGGCAAGAACCGAGGACCAGCACAGUCACGGUCGUGGAUAACGGUAUCACGACUACAGCGGAGGAAAUGGACGACGAAGUUUUUCCUCGGCGAAGCGGACUCGCCCUUGGCCGAAAGGACGCCAUCCCUGGUCGAGGUCAGGAUGAAAUUGAAAACUCGAGCAGCACGCUAGAGGACGGUGGAAGUAGUUCCUCAACUUACGGCCAUAACUUGUCCUCAAGUUGCGCCUCAGCUUCUUCCGCUGGAAUCCUGGAGGAAAGCACUAGCGGGUCCUGCGCUGCACCUCCUAGUGAGGCUCUCGUGUUCGUCGAUCACGCAGCUGCUGCUUGUACUACUGCCCCAACGGGGGGCAACAAGACCGCGACGUUUUCCUCGACUCCAAAUCUUCGCACGAGUGCGUAUCAGGACGAACUGGGUCCACCUCCGACCACUGAGACCAAGAUGACAAAUCCGAAGUUUCUUCCCUCGAAGUGCUCGCCGGUUACCUCGAGCGCGGAAUCGCUAGUCCCGCCAGGAUCCUGUGUCUACAGCACGGCACCCCGGCACCAACAGCAGAUCAGGGUGGAAGAUAUUGAGAGGGGGACAACGAAAGAAUCCGCGGCCACAACAAGGGACGCCGCCCAGCUUCUGGGGGAAGAUCAAGAACUGACGAACACACGACAGCAGGAACACGGGGCCGGGUCGUGGAGGACCUCCGCGGGGGCAGAACCAUUCUAUCAAGCCAUGCCUGCCUUCGAGCAGCAUCUUCACCUGGUGAGGACAAUUGGCGGGAAAAAUGCAAAUAGUCGUGAUGAAGUACAACAGGUGGAUGAAAUGACGAGCACGAUCAGCCGGCAGUAUGCGAAGACGACGGACGCAUGCUCCCCGGAAAGUGAUGCCUAUCGGCACCCGCCACAUGCAAAUGCCGACGACGUUGCCGGAUCCUCCUCACUUUCUCCCAGCGAGCUGCUUCACGGCGACGUUGAUGUCAAGUUCCUAAAGAAGGUCGGUCCAGCCCACAGAAAAGCCCUUGACCUGAUGCUGAAAAUCAGGAAUAGUGGCCAAAGUGGCGAAGAACUACAUUCUGCGGUCGUCGAGGAACAGCAGGAAAAUCUUCAAGAUCAAACUUUUAGUAAAAACGGUUGCGGUACAACGAGCUUGUCCCAAACUUUACCGAAUGACGAGACGAGGACGGCCAGUUGUCCGAACAAAAUGCAGGACAAAGACGAACAACUUCUAGCAAACGGCUUUUUUGCCCCUCUCGGUUCGUCGAUGCUUGCGCGCGCCGACAAAUUCGUUGAGGACCUCACUGAAGAACCGAAUUCCAGUAGCACGACAAUGUUGAGCGACCUCGAAGGGGAAGGGGGGCCCACUAGCAUGAAGUUGGGGCUGCGGCAAACCUCUGCAGAUGUUGAGAAUUAUGGGGACACUAGCAGGAGUGACGCGACAACUGCUGCGGGCCAGAGUCAUCAAGGCCAAGAAGACCAAAGCUACAUCACUUUGCGGUCGAAAAAGCUGCGGAAAGAGUGUAGCAACGAGAUGAAAUACCUUCCGGAAACCCGUGUAAAGCAGUUGCUGCAGGAAGUUUUGCAGGAGUCGGCGCUUCGCUGCAGGCAGCUGGAAGACGAGGUGCAAACUCAGAGUGCGAAAAUGCAAGACGCGAUCCGCACUUGGAAAACCCAGCAGGAGCUCAUGGACGAAAGGUUGUCCCUAUUGUCCGAUCAAUUCCAGAAUUUUGCAGUUCAUCAGCGGAAGCAAAGUACUAGCUUAAGCUUUGCGGCUCCCAUUGCAACGUCAGGAAAGCAAGACGACUCGUUUUUUAGUGGAGCUGGUGAUGUCAUCGGGCAGCAGAAGCAACAGCAGUUGUUGCUGCUCCAAGGCCAAGGCGUAGCUGCACCACAACAAGGCGCUAGUGGUCCCUGUGCCCUAUCUAUCCCAAGAAAAAAGUGUUACAGUUACACACCUCCUGUUGUCAAUGCAGCAACACAAAUUUCUCUGCAUGAGAGAAAAAACUUGCAAUGCAGAAAUCCUACGGGAAAACACGCGUGAAACGAGGCUCCGAUGCUUAUCCGGCAUGACGGAGCUUGUCUGUCUUGCUUGGCCUGCAACAAAAUGUGUAACUGUGACACUUUUUUCUUGCGAUACUAUCUCCGACGUCGACCUUGAGCAGCCGGAGCACGACCAGCAGGCGAGCAAACUUCCUGUCGCAGCAACACUCCCCAAACGCUCGCUUUCCAGCUCCCAAAUGGAAUGCAGGCGGGCCUGGCGCAGGUACGACGUUGCCGUUGAUGGCAUUGAGCUCCUCCAGCAGCAAAGGAGGACCCAUUUCGCCGCUGAACGGAUGCUCGUAUAACACGAGCACCAAGCCAAAGAACCUGAACCGUUCCUCCGUGCAGGAAGACGAAGGAGAUAGUCGGCAGGCAUUGACACCUGAGAUUUUUGUUACCGAGAAAAACACACCAGGAGCCGACGCGGGCGCAGCUCCACCUCUAGCAUAUUCUGCAGGAGCAUCAGACGGAAGUGGUGCAACUACUUCCACCACCACGCGCGCCAUCGGUCCAGCAGGUGGAUCUAGUUCAAGCAAGCAGCGGCCUGUACUCGCAGAGCUCAUUGUUGAAGACGAGGUCGCUCCACCCUCCGAAGCGAAGAAUAAAUUUGUCGGGAGAACAAACACGACCAAAUUUAUGGGGUCCUCCGCUUCCUCGUCUUCUAGUACAACGUCAAAUGGCGUUGUGCCAUCGUGGAACGACUUGUUUAAGAGUAGAUCGCUUGAUGCACCAAUUCCAGCAUCUGUCUCUGGAACUGCCGGAAUAGAAGAACUUGCAGAACAAAGUAACGCUUCAGGACGCAGUGCCGCAGAUCGUCCGCGCACGUCGGAACCCGCGCCAGGUGGCGCCAUUGCCCUUCAGGGAGAAAAGCAGAAAGAACCGCUGCUGCAAAGCCGAUCGCUAAAUUGUGUCGUCGCAUUGCCGGUAGAAUCGAUGAUUUGAAGUUUGUGAAUGCAUUGUUGAAUCUGCAUCUGCCUAACAGGCAGUGCUUCUACCUGAGCACGUGUCGUGCAAUAUCCAACGAUCUGUAGUUCUGACCUCUCUUGUCGCCGUGGUGGCUUUUAUGCUACUAGCUGCUGCGUCAGAACGCGGGAUUUUAUCGAGUCACAGAGACAUAAGCUGAAGCUGCCUUAAUUUAUCAAAACAAUGAACAGCACAACUUUCUCGCUCUGCCGAAGCAGGCCGAGCCACAGCGCGGAAUGCAGCCUCCGGAAUCCCUUCUAGAUGCCGUAACGCGCCACUUUUCGCCGCCACCCACCCUGCGAAAGCUGUCGCCCGAGCCACCGCUGCUGCGCCACGUCUCCCCGCCUCCGGCCGUGAAACGGCCCCCGCCGGACGCGUCUUCGCCAUUUUGGACCGCGCGCAGCCUGCACGUUGCCUCAACUACCCUGCCUAAAGGACCGCCUAAGCUACCGCUUGGAAGGCAGAAAUUUCGCAACCAACCGCAUGCGGCCGGUGUAACUGCGAUCGCGGACGUGGCCGCACGUCACGCCGAUUCAGCAAUCAGCAGUGGAGCCCAGCAAAGUUCUCCAGAAGGAGGAGCGAGUCCUCGUUUUGACGGGCUAGCUUCCCGUCCAACGACAGUACCGGCCACGGCAGUCCGCUACCAGUUUGAUCCCCAAGACCGGCGUCGCGCGGAACAAUUUAUUUCCGGACGGCGUGAUCUAGAUCCGAUCAUUGAGGAGCGGUCCUCGAUGGGAGAGUGCAGCCCGCCCCAGUUUUCCCCCUUGGUGCCCAUGCCGGCAUUGAUUGUGCGGGAUGAAAUUCUUCCCAGUUCUGCACCAUCAAGCAGAGCUCGAUCUGACCCGCCAGCAGCCGUAGCGUAUCCAACGGCUGCACCAGUACCACAGCACCUCCAGCUGGAAGCUCAGCCCCAGAUGGCACAGCAGAAACUGCAAAUUACCAGACCCGUACUCCAAACCACAGCUGCCGCACAGCUACAGAAAAAUUUUCUGUACACUGGAUCGAGUUCUUCCUCGAAUGCACCAGGACCUGCAACAGCAACUGGCGCAAUUGCAGGUACUAUGUUCACGACGACGAGCAUUGCAACCAAUCUGCUCCUGCGCCCUGUAGUUCAUCCACCCCUGGAGGAGCCCCACGGAAGCACGGUCCCGGCCCGUGCGGCAGCCGGCGGUCUCGCAUUGAGCCAGCUGACGAGCGCGUACCACUUCUAUGUUUUUUAGGACUUCUCCUGUGACCGUCUCGAGAGGAUUUGCAUCAAUAGACAAUGCGGAAAAAUUUGAGAUUUUCUUACUCUUGAUUAUGAUUUUUAUUGCCUGUAGACCUUAACUACUUCUACUCAUUCUGGGAUCAUUUUGAUGAAUCUGUCAACAGCUACUACGCGCAAGAGGCUCCGCGGUUCGGACCUGAAAUGAAGCCUCAACUAGAGGAACAUGAACAUGAUGCACCGCCCGCAGAUGUUGAUCACCCAGUCGAUUUACGGCAAUUGCAGCCCAAGCCCAUGCAGGACCCGCAUAGUAGUAGUACCCAAACUCAGGAUGAUCUCCAUAGCGGUGCGGCACUGCAGUCACAAAGCAUGCCUCCAUCCUACCGGAACUUGCACACGCAGGACCACGAGGGCACAGCUCCAAGUGGUACGAACGCUGCGAUGACGCACGGUGGAAAGGGAAACACGACCAAAGUGACCACGGCUGGAGGCAGAACCAGAACGACGGCCGCUACAAAGGCGUGUAAAACAACGACGACCGCUUCUCGCAAAAACAGUUCCUGCACUUCAGCAUACAAUGAUCCGUCCUCUUCGAGAACGAAGAACGCAUCUGCUGGUGCGGCGGGCAGUGUGCUAGAGAGUAGGAGCACGCACGCGCCGCUGUCGCGCACUACCGCGCGAGCGUCCGCUCGCAUUUCGCAGCACUCGCAGCGAUUUGGUUCGGGUUCUCGGGUGGAUCCCCUAGAAUCUGUGCGGCAACUGAAGUCUGCCUUUGCCGCCGCAGAACGCAGCCGAGCCACUUACGCAAAGGAAAGCCGAAAGCGCGAAGCGAGCUUGAGAGACCAAAGUCUCCGGCGACGUCGCGAGGUCGAGGAUGCGGCUGAUGGAGGACAGCACGGGUACAAAGAUAAUAUCUUUCUCGUUCGUCUUUACCUGUUGAUGUCUUCUGCUUGUGCAAAAUUGCGAAAGCAGCCAUCGAAAGUAGAAGGAAGUUGUAGGGCUGAAUGCUUCAAAAAAUCCUUGAGCACGACACUCACAAAAACAAAUCAAUAAAAUAAAAAAAAUCCUUAACCUUAUCAGAGCGCCAGCAUUACCAUCUCGCUGCGGGCCUCCACGCCAGGCCUCCAAUCCCAGAAACCAUAGCGCAGUCCGAGGCCGCGCCGGCGCUCACAACUAUGCCUCUUCAAGCCAGGCUAGCAAAUCGCAAUCAUCUUCAGUGAAAGCGAGGCCCAUGGACGGCUCGGCAACAACUAGGACGACUACUACUUCAAGUACACUGACGAGAAACAACCGCGAACGCAUCAUCGCCGGGGUGCUAGCUUCCGGGUCGAAUAGUGGAACAAGUCGGAAGCGUCGAGACCAGCAGCACGCUGAGCAUGGCGGCAAAACGUCCCCAUCUGCUUCGCGAAGGAGUACCACGACAACCACAAGACAUCUACCCGGGGAUAUCCUGUCAGCAGCUGGGCCAUCAUCCUCGAUCGAUCUUUCUGUACUUGCGGCGGCGGCGGAUCACGCCGCUGGAGAUGGACUCGGGCGGGGCCAUGCAGAUUGUGUGAUCACUGCAGACUUUGAUCGCUGUCCUGAACGCAGUAGCGAAGCGGUUGAGCAGUGCAACGAUUACCACCAUUAUCCUGAGGAGGCGCAGGCUGGUCAUGAUGCUGACCGUCUGGUGCCACCUCAUGGGUUCGCAGACGAGGAGCAACGGACGAUACUGAACCCGGAGUGCCCAUCCUCAAGGCAGGCCGCACUAGCAUCUGCGCCAGAAAAGUCCAUUGUGGACGAUUUGGACUCCUGGUUUUUCAGUUCGCGCUCUUGGAAGAAAAACCGAUGCUGAGGAUACUCAUACUUUUUCCACCUGGACGGAUCGACGAGCGAUGGCUGCGCGAUAACUUUUUUUGUGCAAUCCCAUGGAAGAUAGAUA